CUUUUUCAAUUUGGUUGAGGAACCGGUGUGUUCUGUGUUUUGGUAAAUUGCGCGAUUUUUCUAAAAACGUUUAAUUUAACGUUUGAUUAGCAAUAUAAACAUUUAAUUAUAAUUCAGAAAAGCAAUUAAAAAUGGUGAAACUUACGGCAGAGCUAAUUCAAAUGAGCCCACAGUUCAUCAACUGUAUAAGAGAUCGCCAGCUGAAUUUGAGAGGUUACAAGAUUGGACAAAUAGAAAAUCUUGGUGCAACUUUAGACCAAUUUGAUUGCAUUGAUUUAUCAGAUAAUGAUAUAAGAAAACUGGAUGGAUUUCCUCAGCUGAAGCGACUAAAAUACGUCUUGAUAAAUAAUAAUAGAGUUUGUCGUAUUGGAGAUAAUCUGCAAGAAUGUCUUCCCAAUCUUGAUACUAUCAUUUUAACCAAUAACCAUAUUCAAGAGCUGGGUGAUAUUGAUCCAUUGUCUACUGUAAAGUCUUUGACAUCUCUAAGCUUGAUAAAGAAUCCUGUUGCUUCUAAAAAACAUUAUAGGUUAUAUGUUAUUCACAAAUUGCCCCAACUUAGACUUUUGGAUUUUCGCAAGAUUCGUAUGAAGGAAAGGGAAGAAUCUGCGAAACUGUUCAAAGGAAAAAAAGGAAAGAAACUAGAAAAAGAAAUUGGCAAAAAGAGUCGAACAUUUGUUCCUGGUGGUAAUCUUCCAAAUACAUCACCAGAGAAACCAAGUGGACCAACUGUUUCUGAUGUUGAAGCAAUUAGGGAGGCUAUUAAAAAUGCUACCACAUUAGAAGAGGUUGAAAGAUUAAAGCAGAUGUUGAAAUCUGGUCAAAUUCCAAGAAAAGAUGGUGGUACAACUUCUCAAAAUCAAGAUGAGGAGGAGGAAGAAGAAAUGGAAAUGGAAAAUUCUGCCAAUUAAAGAUGGUAUAAAGACAUUGGACAAGUUGUAAUUUUGGUGACCUUCAUCAUUAUUUCAUUGAAGAUUUUUUUUUGUGUGUUCUUUAAACCAUAGCAAGAUUCAUUGUAAAUAUGUUUCAUAAUAAAAUUUUGUAUUUUCAAAUUCA